CGGCGCCAUGGCUCCCGCCGGCCCCCGCCAGCGCCCGCGGAGCCGCAGCCGGUCCCGGGGCCGAGGGCCGGAGAAGAGAAGGAAGAAGAGCAGCAAGGACGCGCGGAGGAGCUGCUCGGCCUCCGCAUCCCAGGGCCGCAAGGCCGGGACCGCCUCCUCGGGGGCAGAGGAGAGAAGCAAGCACCAGGCCCGGAGGAGACCACGAUCCAGCUCCUCCUCCUCCUCUUCCAGUUCUUCUAGCGCCUCGACCUCCGCGUCCUCCUCCUCUUCCUCCAGCCGCGGCCGGAAGAAGCGGGGGAAGCACAAGGACAAGAAGAGGAGGAGGAAGAAGAAAAGGAAGAAGAAACUGAAGAAGAAGAGCAAGGAGAAGACAAAGGUGCAGCAGCCCGAGGCCCUGCCAGGCCCCUCGCUGGACCAGUGGCACAGAUCCACCGGGGAGGAAGAGGAUGGCCCAGUCCUGACGGAUGAGCAGAAAUCUCGCAUCCAGGCCAUGAAGCCCAUGACCAAGGAGGAGUGGGAUGCCCGGCAGAGCGUCAUCCGAAAGGUGGUGGACCCGGAGACGGGGCGCACCAGGCUCAUUAAGGGAGACGGCGAGGUCCUCGAGGAGAUCGUGACCAAGGAACGACACAGGGAGAUCAACAAGCAAGCCACCCGAGGGGACGGCCUGGCCUUCCAGAUGCGAGCAGGGCUGUUGCCCUGACGACCCGCUGACCAAGGUCUGGACAGUGUUGGCAUGAUAGGGUGGGCAGCAGGAGGCCAGGCGGGCACGUUUGUCUCUUCUCCUGUGGACCGGCCUUUGGCCCAGCCUCCGCCCAGAUGCAGGGGUGGAGGACUGGGAUCUCCGUCAGAUGCAGGGGUGGAGGACUGGGAUCGUCUGAUGCAGGGGUGGAGGACUGGGAUCCCGUCUGAGUCAGCACCCCUUCUCCUGAAAGAGCGUGCCUUCCCAGAUAUUAAAUGUUGCCUGGUUGGA